GGUAAGAUUUUUUCAUUCACGCAAUUGCAAAUGCUCGUGGUGAGGUCUUUGUAAAUAACAGUGAGGAGAUUAAUUCAAUUGAACCAAAACAUUCACCGCGAAGUCAUAUACUUUCUAUUGGAUUAACUUAAAUCUGGCUCAAAUCCUCCAGGUGUGAAGUUCGUCUGCCCGUGUAAUAGGGCAAACGUAUCGGUAUAUACACAGUGAUUUUGUGCUACGUUUUAAAUUUUCGUUGAAGGUGACAAGUGUUAAAAAUAGUAAAUUCAGUCGAGUAAGGAAAGAGAGAGAGAGAGAGAGAAAAAAGAAUAAUUGAGUCUUUUAAUUGGAUUUCAUGACUUCUGUUCAUCCCAAAAUGCAACGCCGGUCUAUAGUGAGUGCGAUGUAAAUGGUUCGGUUGAGACAUAGUGUGUCUGUAUAUAUUCCUAAAACAGCAUGAGAGAAGGUUACGGAAAUAUCGACUGAUGUGGUGAAAAAAGAGGGAAAAGAAAACCGUGUGUCUAGGAUCAAUCGCUAUAUAACCGUCGAACGGAAAGACGUGAUAUCAUUAAAAGUAACGAGAUUAACCACAGUUUAUAAGGACUUUGGCCAAACUUGAUCGAUUUUUGUGCACGUGUAUUGUGUUCAGUAUUAAUAACACUACUCGGUGAUCGGGUUAUCUUGGAACUUAAAAAAAAAAAAGAAGUUACAACAACGAAAUCUCAACACCCCUCCCUACCACGUCUUUUCAUCACCAAAAAAAACCCUGUAAAGAUGGACUGGUUCCGGAUAAACGAUUUCUUCAUGUCCUUCGUGACACUGUUAACUUAUAUUUUGGACCAAUUUUACAGCAUAGAGUACCGGAAAGGAUUCCAAAGAUUCUUCUCUGUUCUGAGGAAAAUGGGGAACUCGGUUGCUGGUCCAUCUUGGAAGGAUCCCGGGGAUAUCCGAAAGAAGGAAAUUCUGGAGUCCAGGAACCGCUACAUUGACGAACAGUUCAAACUAGAUGACGACGAUGAUCUAGAUGAGGUGGACUCGGCCGUCAAAGGAACCAAAGUAAAUGUCGCAAAAGUCCGAGCUUAUGUUGCUAGGUUACGAGCCGCUGUGAAAUUUAGAGGUGUAUACAACCACCACCGGAAACUGAAGAAAAUGCCGUCUGUUUUAAACGAAAUGGAAAUCAAAGCCAUGGAAAUUAACCCAAAAGACCACAGUUACCCCUUUGAGAACCUCAUUUUUGAAGGAGGCGGCAAUAAGGGACUUGCAUACUGCGGUGCUGUCAGGGCUCUGGAAGAACUUGGGAUGAUCAGUCAGAUCAAACGGUUUGCCGGUGCCAGCGCAGGCGCAAUGACAGCUUCCUUGAUGGCGGUUGGGUACGAUUCAAAAGACAUCCAAGGCUUCCUCAGCCAGGAUAUGUCCAAAAUGUUCCUAGAUGCCAAGUUUGGGGUGCUUAGUCUUCUGCCUAAUCUUCUGACCGGAUACGGUUGGAAUCCCGGCAACAGAAUCUACAACUGGUUCGGGGAAGUGAUUGAAAAGAAGAUGGGCAAUAAAGACGUAACUUUUGGAGAGCUUUACGAAAAGACUGGAAAAGAACUGUGUGUUGUUGUGACAAAUUUGAACCACAUGACCGAGGAAUAUUGUCACGUAAAAACUACACCGGAUAUGCCUAUCAGAUUAGCAGUGCGCAUGUCCAUGGCGAUUCCAGGAAUGUUCCAAGCGACCAAUUACACAUACAACGGAGAAACAAACACAUAUGUUGACGGCGGAGUAAUUUGUAACUAUCCCAUCCACUGCUACGACGGAUGGUGGCUCUCUAUGGAUUCAAACGACAGUUUCUUAGAAAAACUCCAGCCAUUAGACGAUCUCCCAAAACUGCUUGACAGAAGGCGAAGGUUCGAUCGUCGCCACAAGGAUCCAACCAAAACACUUGGCUUUCUACUGUAUGCAGACUCGGAGACGGAUGUGUUCCGGUAUAUGUUGGAGAAAAGAAUAGGCGUGCACCUUGAUCCGAGCCCAAAUACUAAACUAGCAAAGAUGAAAAUGGAACAGAAAAAGGUCCAAGAAAAAGCCAAAAGAGAACACAGACGAGUUAUGAUGGCGGUGGACGAGUUUUUGAAGGUAUUGAAGAAACACAACUUGGAUAAAGAUCACACGAUUAGCCGGUCAGAAUUGGAAAAUGCUUUCAAAGAUGACGACUUCUCUAAAAAGAGCAGUGAAAUGCUUUUCGGAAAAGAUUGCACAGUACAGAAAGCCUUUGAUCUCCUUGACAAAGAUAAAAAUGGCGAGAUAAAUUUCAACGAGUUGAUGAACUUCAUACAAGGCACAGGGAUCAGUUUACAGCAGCGUUUUCUUGGUUACCAGAGGAGAGACAUUAACGGCAUCUUUGAAUUUUUCGACACACUCCAGAACGCGCUGCUAACAAACGUUAAAAGGGCAUUUGUUAAUGAUGAAGAUUUGGAUAGAACUGUCGGAAUAAACACAGGUCACGUGGGGACCUCAGAUUUUACGUUGGAAGAGGAAGACAGAAGCUUUGCUGUAGCUCAAGGCUACAAGUCGACCAUGACCUUUUUGAGAUACUUCGCCGCUAAAGAGGAGAUGAGUUACUUCGCCGCUAAAGAGGAGAUUGCUAAAAACGACGAAUCGCUUCGGGAACGAAUCCGUUCUUUGUCUAGCACGGUAGAAAAUGACGUUGAAGAACAAGAUGAAAAUGAUGAUGACGACAUCAUGGAAGAUAUGAAUGUUGUAGAUGGCGUCCAAGAUGUAAAAGAUGACGUUAUAAAAAGAAAAGAUGAACUAGAUGCUAAUUCUAACACGAGUAAUUCAAAAAAUGGACAUAUAUCGAAAGGAUGAUGUCGAAACUGACAGUUUUGCAGUUUAAAGCACUGGUGUCCGAAAAACCAGAAAGUGGUCUUGAAUGCCCAUUUGAUAUAAUGUUGGAAAUUCCAAGAGAGAUGGAAGUGCUAUUGGAUGGAAUACCCAACAUCGAAUUGUAACGUUCAUGCACAUGGUGAUUGCAUUUGCUUUAAGAUAUAGAUUCUUAUUGUGAUAAUUCUUUAUUCAUAAUUUGUGUUCGAAUAAAAUAUAUUUUUUUAACAUCAGAA